AUGGCGGAUCAGAACUCACCCGCACGCACAAGCUCCCCGGCGAUCGUCGGUAUCUACGGCUGCGGGGAGAGCGCCGUCCUUGAUCUACUGAGGGUGGAAUGUGACUCCAGAUUUUUCUUUCUCAUCGACAGCCUGCAAGAGAUGAGCAAUUCUCGGGUCCCCGCGGAGGCAGCAGCACAGUUCCAUUACCGCGAGAAUUUCUGGCCCGAAUUCAAGAAAGGCUGCCAGGGGACCGGGAUACCGGCGGUCGUCACUAGUUUCUACACGGCCGGGAUCGACGAGUGUAUAGAUUCUACAAACUUGAUGUUGACUGCGACAGAGCUAAUGGCGUUUACUCACAUCGUAUAUCUGGAUCAACCCGUGACCGAGAUCCAAGAGCUUCUGGACGACCCGAUGGUGCCCGAUGAUCCGUUGCUUGAGCGGAGAGAAAAGGAAAAAGCCCACCUCCGGCGUCUGUGCCACGAUAAUCAGGUCACCUUUGUGGUAUCUCCACACGAGGCGCCGAUCUCGGCCAAAAUGAUCAUGACUUUUCUGUUCGAGAACGAGGAAACCAACCGGCAGGUUGCCAAGAUCGCUUUGGAUAUCCCCUUUCUUCUUGACCUGGACAAGGCGGAGACAGCCUUGGUCUUCAAUGCGGAUAGUGUCUUGACCUCGAUAGACAUAGAGACUGCAUUCCAGAAGGGGCUGUGCGCCUAUCGGUCAGGAAGUGAAAAUCUCCUUCAUCGGCACAUACUCAGUCACCUUUGGGCUCAACCAUACCUAGCUUGCUGCCAGCGUGUUAUGAGGCGCGGGGAGGUCGGAAUAAAGGUCUACGAGGAAAUAUGCAAAUCUGUUGCCGAUCGGGUACUCAUUCAUCCCGAGUUCCAGAGCUUUCUAGAGAAGGCCUUGGAGAAGAAUCAUAUUUGUGUAUUCCUGCUUACAUCCCGGCCACGUCUCAUCUGGGACAUAGUCCUGGAAAGGAAGAAAUUGGGCGGGGGGGUCAAAUUGCAACUGAUGGGAGGGGACCAUAUUUUUGAUGAUUUUAUCAUGACACCAGAAAUGAUGCCUGUCCUUGUGCGUCACCUUCGAACAACCAAGAACCUCAAAGUUUGGGCUUUUGGCGGCUUAAGAGAUCAGGACAUGAUGAGAGAGGCACAUGCGGCCAUGGUCCUUUUAGACAUGAGUCUUUCCUUGAACGCACAAAAGAAUGCCAUGAAGGCUGUCAUUGACGGCGGUAUUCCAGCAAGCCCGAUAAAGAUUCCUCGUCUGUCCACACACAUGACUCCUGGAAACAACAUGACAACCCAAUUCUUUAAAGACUGCGUUCUGUCACUUCCUGGGAGGCUGCAAGUUUUUCAUCCCAACGACAAGGCUCCUGCCAAUCAGAUUCUGAUUUCUGGUGCGGAAACACCAUCAUUACCCUCUUCCUCGGAUUACCAAGGAGCGUCCAAGGAAGCUGCGCGUUAUCUUUGGGACCAUAUAAUGAGAAAAAUAAUAGAGGCCUACCAGAAUGAAUCUUUCGAUAUGGGCGUUGUCCCGCCAGCCGAGCCGAGAAUCUUGAUUGUGGCAACAACAAAGGAGGGCAGGAGAAUGGCUGAUGAUAUAAAGGGAACCCUUUCUGAUCCCACAAUCCACGAAGCGAUGAUGGCUAGAGAUAUCUCCAAGAGUCACCUGGCGGAUAUCGACAUGGUUGUGCUGACAAGAGGUAUCUUACAUAGUGGAAGCAACAUCCCGAAUUUUGUGCACCGAAUAUUGUGUAUAAAUCCCACAAUGCCUAUCAUAGUGGCUGCAGAGAAGGCUUUUUACAAUGCGACUGUUCCCUGCAGCGACAUCAGGGCUCUGUGUGAAACAACAAGCAUCAAGAUUGCCACGCUGAAUUUUGCGGGAGUUCCGAACUAUGACCAAUGA